UGUGACAUCGAAAGGGUGUCCAUGGAGUAAGUCCUCAAGGUGAAGACAGGGCAGGAAAGCCCUGUGCCCAUGAUCGCAGGACAUGAGCCAGGAGGGGCAGGCCUCAGCGCAGAAGGCUCCCACCUCACCCCCCGCUCCGCCAGCACUAUGCGUCCCAAUCCCGAGAGAGAAGGUCCUACAGGACUUCCAGGUGCUGGUUCAGAAGGUGGGGGGCCGGCCGGAGGUCCUCCUCAUUGGAGAGACCCUGGAGGGCAAAGACAUCCACGGGCUGAUGGCCUCCUUCGUCAAGGACCUGUUCUCUGCCACCUGCCAGCCGGUCCACCCCGGGGACCUCGUGAAGGGGCCCUGCCCCACCGCCCCGUGCACCGUGGGGGGCCGGGAGUGCCAACUCAUCUUCUUCCUGUGCCGGGCCUCCUGCCUCAAGGGCAAGCAGGCUGAGCUGCAGAAGGUCCUCAAAGAGGUCAAGCACUUCAUCCAGAAGUCCCCCUGCGCCUUGGUGGGGAUCAUCAUGGACCCCAAGAAGGGGGAGGCGGACGCCGCCCGGGCUCAGCUCCUCCGGCUCCUCCGGGGGGUCUUCCCCAAGUCCCCCGGGGGCCAGAAACGGGGCAAACAGGCCCCCGGAGCUGGAUCCACCAAGGGCACCCCAGACAAGCCUGGGGCUCUGGAGCUGGAAGACAUUGAGGUGGAAGUGGAGGUCUACGACCCGGGACAGCCACGAGGCCACUUGGCCAUCAUGAAAGCCGCUUGCCGGGCAUCCGAAGCCCUGGCCCAGUCAAGAGGUUUGCCGGACGAGGGCUCUAAGGAGCAUCCGCUAACCGUUGCAGGUUCGUCUCGGGCUAUGCAAAUCUUCAAGGGCUUUCUGGGAACCGCCUGCCUCGUCGGGAUGUUUUACGCCUCCUGGUUGUACUACUCCGAAUACGGCUUGAUCCCCCCCAGCAUGAUGCCGUCCAGCCUGUUCAUUUUUGCCUGAGAUUCUGCCUCCAUCUGGAUUUCCUCUGUCCUGCAAAAUAAAACCAGCAACAUGCC